GCUAUUGUGAAAGGCGAAUCCCACGGCAGCAGAUACAGCUGGUGCUGCUGUGGCCUCUGCGGCAUUUGCGGCAUCUGUUCACCCAAGGUCAUGAUGUUCUUCCUUUUGGCGAUUUUGGUGACCUGCAUCGGUGGUGCCGUGCUCUGGAACAGCGGCAUUCUUCAACCGCUGCUCGCGCAGCUGCUGCUGUAUGCGUACAUCAUC